CAAGUCCAAGCUAUUCAGAGCAGAGAUCAACUGUGAGAAGACGCUCAACCCAGAGCUCAGGCACAACAGACGUUAUCAUGUCAACAACACUCGUAAUUCAGAAACCGCCACCUACACAAGUGGUCGAGGUCAUGAACCCACGAGAGUGGAGUACUGGACUGUUCGAUUGUCUCGGUGAUUUAAAAACAUGCUGUUUUGCGUACUGGUGUUUUCCCUGCUUCGCAUGCAAGACCUCGAAAGACUACGGCGAGCAUCUCUGUCUCCCCCUGCUGGAUGCUUUUGGUUGGUGCGUCCCACCCAUAACCUUGGGUAUGAGGGUCUCCAUGAGACACCGCUAUGGCAUCGAUGGCUCCCUUCCUAAUGACUGUGUGCUGUCCAGCUUCUGCACCGUCUGCAUCUGGUGUCAGAUGGCCAGGGAGAUAGAAAAGAGGAAUGCCCCGGUCAUGAUCGCAUCCAAAACCAUAUGACCACAAAACCACCACCUGGGCUGAUAUUGAAGAAUAUCUAUGUCUCUAAAUCAGCAUGAAGAACCUCAAUCUGUGUGAACAAUAUGACUUGAUUUAAACUUUACGAAUAUAGACAAAUGGCUUUGAAUGAAAUCCAAAAACAUUGUUUUCUAUUUGGGGUUUUGCUUGUAUGACCAAAAAUACAAUUGUACCAGUUUUUAAGCUUGAUGAAGACAAUAAUCAAUAAUAUUCAAUUGGAAAAAUGCACAUUUAUUUCUGAUUAUUUUACUGUUUUUAUCGUCUUGCUAUGUCCACUCACUAGAUGUCCCUGUUGUCCACCUUCUCCUGAGCCUCAGUACUUGCUACCUCCAUUUUUACUUCAACCUGCAACAUAUAUCUACAUUUUUUUUUCCAAUAAAGGUAAAAAUAAAUAACUAAAAUCAAAGCUGUAUUCCUCUAACUUUGAAGGCACGUUUCAUUAACUACAAAUAUUGAUGUAAUACAUUAAGUCAGUGAGAUUUUGAGGUAUGAAAGCCUUCAAGUCACACACCAUGAUUUAAAAUAUCUCAAAUUUGUUGGGAAAAAAAACUUCUUAACGUCUUAAAUUUUGUUGUGGCAGGACUAUUUAAUGUAAUAUUGUUUGUGUUGUUUCCUAUUUUCUCACGGAAUUUCACUGAUGAGCAAAACUUGGAGUCGUGCAGAUAUCUUCACUGUGUUCAGUGAUGCAAGGUGCUUGUGAAUAACUGUUACUACACCCUGCAAGGAUGAAGCUGCAGGGUGAUUAUCCAUCACUAAUGGAUGAGUGAUUAAUUUAAUAAUCACUCAUCCAUUCUGGGUGACUACAAGUCUAUCACCAGUUUAUCACCAGUGGGCUGGACUGUGUUCGUCUUUGCAUUGUCUCUCUUCCUUUACCAAGUAGUAUGAUGUAUUUAUUUAUGAUGUUCUUUUGUACAUAUCUACCACAAUACAGGUCUUAAAUUCCAUACAUAAUGGCAUUAAAAAGUCUUAAAUUUUAGCUGGUGAACAGAAAAUAAAUAAAACUCCUGGACUAGUGGCUUUUACGUUCUCAUAUAUAUUUAGGUUUAAAUACUUGUAGAAACAAUUGGAAAAAUGUAGAAAAGUAAAAGAGAAGCUAAAACUUUAAUAUUUCUGAUUUAUUUAGCUGCUAUGUUUUUAUCAUGUCUUGCUGUUUCCAGUCACCAGAUGUUCGUAGUUAUCCACCUUCUCCUCAGCCAGGCUCCCAGAACUUGUCUUUGUUUUAUUUUAUUUAACCUGCAAUAUGUCUUGAAAAUCUUUUCCAAAAAUGAAAUGAUUCAUUAAAAUCAAGGUGUGAAUUAUUUUUCCUUUACAUGGAGGGAAUGUUUGAUUAGUUACCAACAGGGAUGAAAUGAAUGACCCAGAUUUAGGAGAUGAUAUUUAGUUCAUGAAUCCCCUUUUUGUUUCCACAAAUCUUUACAAAUCACAAACUGUGGUUUAAAAGAAUCAAUAAACAUUUUAGAAUAAUCCAGAUCAUAUUGCAAAUUUUUUGCUUGCCUGUUAAUAUGUAAUUGAAAAUGCACCCUUUAAAAAUUAGUGAAGAUUU